AUGAACGGCUACGGCUCCCCGUACCUCUACAUGGGCGGCCCGGUGUCGCAGCCGCCGCGGGCUCCGCUGCAGCGGACGCCCAAGUGCGCCCGGUGCCGCAACCAUGGCGUGCUGUCCUGGCUGAAGGGCCACAAGCGCUACUGCCGCUUCAAGGACUGCACCUGCGAGAAGUGCAUCCUCAUCAUCGAGCGGCAGCGGGUGAUGGCCGCGCAGGUGGCGCUUCGCCGGCAGCAGGCCAACGAGAGCCUGGAGAGCCUCCUCCCGGACUCCCUGCGCGCCCUCCCGGGGCCGCCGGGCAGCGCCGAGCCGCCCGCGCCGCCGCCGGGGCCGCCGCCCUGCGUCGCUCCGCCGCGGGCCCCCUCCGAGCUGGCCGCCGCCGCUGCCCUGCGCUGGGCCGCCGAGCCGCCUCCCGCGCUCCCGGGGCCGCUCCCUAAGGCAGACGUGAAUGAGGAGCGGCUGGGUGAUGCUAGUGGAGCAGACAAUGCUGAGACCUACAGUGACAAAGACACAGACCAAAGGAGUUCCCCAGACAUGACUAAAACCAAAAGUUGCUUCACCCCUGAAAGCCCUGAAAUAGUUUCAGUGGAUGAGGUUGGUUACGCAGUUCAGAAAAAUGGUGGGAGCACAGAGAGCCGUCCAGAGAGCCCCAAGUACCACCCAGAGCAGAACCACCUCCUGAUAGAAGGUCCCUCUGGGACAGUUUCUUUACCUUUCAGUUUGAAAGCCAACAGACCUCCGCUUGAAGUCUUGAAAAAAAUCUUCCCUAACCAAAAGCCAACUGUACUGGAGUUGAUCCUGAAGGGGUGCGGCGGUGAUCUGGUGAGUGCUGUAGAGGUUCUCCUGUCCAGUCGGUCUUCGGUGGCCAGUGGGGAGAGAACUACUGCAGAGUCUGAUGGUCUUGUCUUGCCUUCCAGUGGGCACAUUUUUGAGCACACGCUGAGUUCGUACCCUAUUUCCUCUUCCAAGUGGUCUGUGGGCUCAGCAUUUAGGGUUCCAGACACACUGCGGUUCUCUGCUGAUUCCAGUAAUGUCAUGCCAAACCCUCUAGCCGUACCUUUGCAGCACCCUUUCCCUCAGCCACCACGCUACCCGCUGAUGCUGAGGAACACUUUGGCAAGAAACCAGUCCAGCCCGUUCCUGCCCAACGACGUCACCCUGUGGAACACCAUGACGCUGCAGCAGCAGUACCAGCUGCGGUCCCAGUACGUCAGUCCUUUCUCUAGCAACUCGACCGGUGUUUUCCGAAGCUCGCCUGUCCUUCCUUCCCGCUCCUCAGAAGAUCCUAGGAUCUCAAUCCCUGAUGACGGGUGUCCUAUUGUGUCUAAGCAACCGAUUUACACAGAAGAUGAGUAUGAGGAAAGGUCUGAUUCUUCAGAUUCAAGAAUACUCAACACAUCUUCUUAGACUGACAUUCGACAUGUGAUAGAGAAGUGAUAACUUGCAGUGCAGCUGAACUACUGGGCCCUAAGAGGAGGGACAGGUACUCUACAAAACCCUCACAAUUGUGUUAAAAAGCGACUUUGCUAGGUAUUGUACUAUAGCAAUAAAGACAUAACUUAUUUAAUUUCUUGCACUUCACUGGAUAAUGCCAAAUAGCAAUACUCUGGCUUUAGUGCUGAGUGUGUGUUACAAAGGAAGACUUCAUGGCUGUCAGUUAUGGGACUCUGGAAGACUCAUAAUGGAAACAGAAACCCAAGGUCUGCUUUGUUCCUUAACUCAGAAAAAUGGGGAUGUUAAACUAGAAUAUUUGAAUGCUGUUUUAUAAGAGAGAACUCCUCAGGACACAAGAAAACAAACAAACGUAGUUCAAUUGCAAAUGGACUAAACCAGUGACUUUACAAUCUAAUGCUAGUGAUCAUCCUUGCAGUGAAAGAAAAGGCAGAAGAAAGAAAUAUGCACAUGAAACUAGCAUGAGCUGCUUCUGUGCCAUUUGAGCUUGUACGCUUUUCAGAGAAAUAUUAUUAAGAGUUAUUCUUUUCCCAUUGCUAGGUCAAAACGUGUAAUGUCAGUGUAAAACCAAUUACAGCUGUGAAUUGCAUGAAGUGUAUUGUGAAAUGAACACCAGAUUAAGCAUUG